GAGCAGAGCCACACAGCUGCUGCCUGGACGCGCGAGCUUCAGCUCAGGGAAACUCUCUCUCUCUCUCUCUCUCUCUCUCACUCUCUCUCUCUCUCUCGCUCUCUCUCUCGCUCGCUCGCUCUACAACACUACAAGUCGAGUGUGUGUAAAUGCGGAAAAACGGUUUACAACCGCGCAGAAUACCUGACUGUUCCUCGAUAACCAGUGGUCCUGUGUGCUGUAAGAUUCAGGAGUGAAAAGGUGCAAGAGAAAAAGGCUAUUGUAUCUCACCGAGGGGGACAAGGUUAUGUUAUGGUGUCGGUGAUGAGCACAGACAUGAAGUGAAAUGUGAAUGUAGAUGAGGAGGAGGUGUGAGGCUGGAGACUCAGGCAGAGGACAUGAUGGUAAUGUCGGGGUGGAUGUUUCUGCCCAUCAGCCUGCCCGUCCUUACCAUCACAGGCAUCUGGGUUGUGUAUGCUAUGGCCCUGUAUAACCAGCAUGUUUGUCCUGUGGAUAACUGGUUAUAUAACCAGUCAUGUGAGGAAGACUUGCCCAUGCAGACCGGACCAACACUAUGCUGUACCCUGGACAAUGUGCCACUCAUCAGUAAGUGUGGCACACUACCUCCAGAGAGCUGCUUCUUCAGCCUUAUCUGCAGCACGGGAUCCUUCAUGGUGAUGGUGAUAGUUUUGCUGCAUUAUGCUCAUGUGAUUGAAAAGCGGCAGAACUGUGUGUUAAACACGGCUAGCCUUUCCACUGGCUGGAUCUGCUCUGUGGGACUCAUCAUGGUGGGCAACUUCCAGAUGUGAAAUUUAUGCCUAUGACUAGACCCAGACAAAGUGCAUUCCUUAAAAAAAGCAGCAGUGUUUCUGUAAGACUAAGAAAAGUAGGACUGUAAUCUUCAAAUGAACCAUGUACAAACACUGGAGUCAGGUAAGUAAUGUUUAAAAAACCCAAACCAAGUUGAAAAGAUCUACUAGAGACAUACUUUAUAUUAUGUUGACUGUAUUAAUGUCACAACGUUGUCUCCAGUUUGAGCACAAAGCUUGGGCUGCCUUAUCCUAGUUUGAAUAGGAAAAGGAUUCUGUGUGGAGUCAUCCAGACAACAGGAGGAGUGUGACCAGGUGUAACCUAUAGCUGUGCAUUUGCACGCUAACUUCUUUUUACCAGUCUUUGCAGGUCACAUUCAUGCAUUCACACACCUAGUUACACAGCUGCUCCCUGCUGAUCUGUCAGUGAUUCGGACGUACCCCGUCUCUGUUCUAAAACAUAGACCUCUGAUAACAUCUGUAUAAAAUCUGUAUGUCACUUAAGUUGUACUGUACCACAGUAAUUUCAAGUUGGAAAUGGAUAACAAGUGCUCUAAUAUCUACUGUAUAUCGUUCACCCGAAUUCAAUAAGUAUAUAAUUUCAUAUUUUCAGCUCCUGUAUACUGAGGAAGAUGCAAAAAUAACACUAACAUUGUCAGUGUCCACAUAUUUAUGGACCCGAAUGUACAGAUUUAUUAUUUAUAAACUCUUGCAUACAUUGGUUAUCGGUCUUCAAUUGGGUGCUAAAUUGUAUGUGUUGUGCAUAUACCUUUAACAACAAAAUGCAUUCUUUUUAUUUGUUGAUUGAUGCUGUAGUUGGCAUUGUAAAAUCUUAAUCUAUGUGCCUCUGUUGAACUCUGAGCACCUGCCCAUUUAAAGAUUUCUGCAUAACCCCACUGUGAGCUAUACAUUUCAAGCUGAGUGUGGCCAGAUGUUUGUGUCUCUGGAAGAAGAAAUACAUCUAAUAGCUUUAGAUGAAUGCAGCUAGGCUGUUUAAUGUGUUACACUUGAAUCUACUACAGGGGAAUUAGCACUGUGUUGCUAUGUUUUGGCUUGUGUGUACACAAACGUGUAUACAAGAAAGUAUUUGGUGCUUAAUAUUGAGUUGACCUUAUUUUCCUGUACCCCGGUAGCUAUUGUUCUCUUGCUCAGCUGAGAUGGAGCUCUACCCUGUCUUAAUGUUUUUCUGUCUUUGUGGGGUUUUUUUUCUUUUUUUUCUCCUGGGUUGUUGUAGUUCACAGAUUUGUAAGAGGCUCUGUAAACCUCUUGUACCCAUAGAGAAUCACUAAACAAAAGGGCACUGUUUUACUCUGUGGAAUCGACAUCUUUUACCAUUAUUUAUGAAUCAGUGUUGACUCUUUAGAAACAGAGUUUUAGGCAGCUGUAAUGUUUGGACACUUGGCUGAAUGCCCAGUGUGCAAGCAAUGCAGGGAGGUCGGCCAAUAGGGCACCAGACAGACAUUUUUAUGGCCCAGUUGCCAUAGAGACAGAAGGGGAGAGCAAGUUCUCCUUCUCAUACUAUCACCGUCCACCUCUUAACUAUACAAAUUCAUCAUCUGGAUGUCUGAGAGAGUAUACUGGUUGAAAGUCUGGCUGGGUAUCUGUUUUUGUAGGAGGACACUGGCACAUACAGUUCAUCCGUCAGUCUUUCAUUUACCUUGCCAUGUUUAUAUGAUUUUACCCCGAGUGAUAAUUUGGUCUUUUUAAAUGUUAGGAGAUUCUGCAGUUGUUGUGUUUGAAGUUUAUUAAAGGUUGCAUGUCAUUUUGGGAAUCAUCACUGCAGUCUCGUGUCUCCAGGAAAUUAAAAUCACGUAUUUGCAUCAAUGUCUUUAUGUGUGGAAACCAGCGCUGUGUGCCAAGCACAAGAGUUCCAUGUUUGGUUGGAAUACAUGAAGUCUGCAAACCAUUAAGUCUGUGUGUGUGUGUGUGUGUGUGUGUGUGUGUGUGUGUGUGUGUGUGUGUGUGUGUGUGUGUGGGAACCCUUCCACACAGAGCCUUUUAGGAGCAAUAUGUGUACACAACCAGUUUCCUCAUACUUGUCUGUUCACAUGGCUACUACCAGCCUUAUAGUGCUUCAGUGCAAAGUCUGUUAACACAAACUGAAAUGUGAAUAGCGAUUCCUGCUGCCAAAUAAGCCCCCACCCUCAUGUCUUUUUAUAGAGAGGAAGCAGAAUCCACUGAAGCCCAUUGGCUCUCUAGGUUUUUUGACCAAACAUUGUUUUAAACCUUUCAACAAAGUCCUAUACUGCACUUCUUAGAAUUUAGUUAUAUUACAUAUAGAAUAUUACAAUAUAUUGUAUCCUAAUAACUCAGGGAAUUUUGCUGACUAUGACAACUUUGUCUCUUUACUACGAUAAUAAAAAAAACAAAAAACAGGAUGCAGUUUUUUUUAGUAAACUUUGUUACAAAACAGGAGAAUUUGCUGUGUGGUUCAAUGACACAUGGGUGCUGUGUGUGUUGAGUUUGUAAUGGGAAGCAGCAAACAGGCAGGCGAGCCAGAGCGGGAAAAUGAAUUCUGGUUACCACAUCUGUACCUCAUCAGCCAGCCUGUACUUCCAGAACAUUCCACUGAGAUGCUUGCCAUGCAGGAUGUCAGUAUAACCAGCUUCAAGCCACCAAACACGUGCAAUACACAUUAUUUCUUAGAGAAAGUUACAUAAUAAGCCUUUCAUGAUUUUACUGAGACCAAAAAGAAAAGCGUCUUGCUGUUACAGGUGUGCAAGGUGUGAGUUGCUGGAGAUUCUAACAAACCUGCCUGUGCAUGUUAGGAAGGCAGCGCCACGUUGCGCAUUCCCUUGUCUAAUUAGUGACAUUUAUAGCUUUACGAAACAUACUGCAGAUUUUUUCUUUUUUUCCUUUUCAUUCCUAAGACUAUUCCUAAGAUAGUAUCAAAUUAAACCAUGACUUCAUGACAGGAUUUCAGAGUAAAUCAAUGCAAUGUUAUUUUCACUGUUACCAGACGUUAAAGCAUCCACCUUAAAUAAAUCCAACAAAUGAAUCCAACCUGUUCUACAGCAUGGCAUUUCACUCGUCAGGGAUGGGACUGUCUGUUGUUCUUUAGCAAUUUACCACAGUAAUAGCAGCCAUCUUACAUUUGGUGGUUUUCUUACUUGGAAUGACUCACUUCCUUUCAUGUUAAAAAUGAAACCUCUGAAACACUUGUGGUGAGUGAGAUCAGUCAGAGCAUUAGUUCUGAUUAGUACAACCUUUGUGAGAGGAAUGUGCAUGGUUUGGUCUUGUCGUGUCUUUUACUUUGGGGAUGGGAUCCACUGAACACAGACACACUUAAGCCUGCCCUUGAACCUGCUGCACACCUGAAAGUAGUGGACACCUAAUAAUGUGUAAAUAAUCACAGGGAAUUCAGUUAGCACCAUUUACAUUUCCUAAUGAUUUCAGGAAUUUUGAAUAUAAACUGUAGGAGUAGUUUCUCUCUAGAUCCUCUCUAUUGUGAACCAUGUUAUGUUGCAGAGAGAUUAGUGGAAUUGGAGAGUUUUGCUGCUCUCUGCUGGAGAGGCUAACAAGCAGCUCAUAGGCCUACAGCAAAGAAGUAAACUGAGCAGAGAUUGUUAACCUUACUUACUUAGGGCACCUACAUCACAUGCUGGGUAUUUCCACAAUGGAAGAGUUUACUGUAACAACACAUGUUCUGUAGGGACACUUUUACAGUCUAAAUCACACAGACCUGUUUGAAAUAUACUGAUUGAGUUUGUUUUCCUCAGACUUCAGAGCUCCAUACCACUGAGUGCUAAAAGAAACUGCCACAGGGAGGUCCAUGUGCACUGUAACUAUCUCUUGUGCAACACGGUGGUUUUAACAUAGUUUUACGGAAACUGUUCAAACUUCUGGCUCACAUAAACCACAAAAUAUAACAAAUGAUCAGAGGGAGUGUUCAACACGUCACUGUAUUUGAUGCUGUCAUCACACAACACACACACAUUUCAGUGGAAAAUAUUACUAAUGACUACAUUUCCUGUGUGUGUCUGUGUGUGUGUUGUUUUAUAUUUUGUGAUUUAUGUGAGUCAUAAUUACGAGUGAGGAAGCUGCAAAUAACAGGGAAGAGUGAGAAAUAUGCUACAAGGCUGUCAAAAAUCGAGAACAUGACAUUUGCUCAAAUUGUUUAGAUGUGUGUUUAUGAACAGAUAUGAAAAGUCACAAUGCUAUGGGCUAAUUUUCAUCACAUGUAUGCAUCUUUUUCUGUGUUGCAAUUUUAUGAUCUGGAUCAUUAUAUGGAUCUUUAGCUUCAAACUGAUAUUA